AUGAAAGAUUGGCAACUCGGAUUCUCUUCUAGAGCUCAACAUAACAAAACAGGAGUUUCAUCCAUUUCUGAUGAAAAUUUUCCUCCAAGCGGCUUCAUGAAAGACUUGGAUUCUCCUCCAAAAAGAAUGAGCACAUUGUCAGAGAAGAAGAGCAAUGGAAGUGAUGGGGAGAGCAUGAGAGAUGCCAUAGAAGAAAGGAUUUUUGAUUUCUCACCAUCCUCAAUCAAUCAAAGUAAUCAUAUCAAGAAAACUGGCUUCAGAGCCAGACCUAAACUGGCUUCUGCUAAUGCCGUCCUUUCAUCCAAGCUAGAAGAUCCAGCAGAAAUGCAGACAAAUGCAUAUGAGGAAGCAGAGGAUAUGAAACCAGAACCUCCGGAGCGCAUUUGCAUGGAUCCUCUACCAAUACCUGCAGGAGAAACGACCCAGGACAAAGACGUAGAAGAGCAGAAAGUGAAAGAGAGGGUGACGGCAAGUGAAAAUCUUGUUGAAGAGGGUUCAAAAGUGACGUUGAAUGCAGCAACUAGGAAAAGCCUGUGGAGAAGCAAGCUCGAACUGAGGGAAAGACUGAAGGAAGGGAUGCAGGAAAGGCUGGGAGCAAGUCUGGAGAGUAUCGAUGAGAGUAACGAGGGAGAUUUCAGCAACAAACGACUGCACAGGAAGAAGAGUUGGGGUUCAAGACAGAGAAACGCACAAAUGCUUGGGUCAUCACGGGAUGGAGAACAUUAUGUGAAGGAAAGUAUGGAGAAAGAUGGUGAGGAAGAAUUAGUUCCACACCCUGUUCUCUCUCGGGUUCUCUUUCACUCCUCAGCUUUGUCCUCGUCUUCCUUCAACAACUCCUCAGCAGAAAGUGAUGAGGUUUUCAGUGAAAAUGAGGACACUGUUGCCAGGAGGCAGACCAUGAAGAAGUGUCGAUCUUGGAGAACGUUUUUGACCAUGAUGCAGUGGUCCAAACAUACACAAAGCUCAUGGAUCCAGCUAGCAGGACACCAAGGUAACGUGAGGCUGAGUGAGGGCGGCGAGGUGCUGAAGAGGUUUUGUGAGGUGGAGGCCAUCUGUCUACAGGCCCUUAUGUCUGAUGCACUCUGUCAGUUCGUGCCUCAUUAUUUCGGGCACAUCAGUCAGGAUGGACAGCGAUACAUCCGACUAGAAGAUCUGCUUAGCGGGCUCAAAAAUCCUGUCAUCAUGGACUGCAAAAUGGGUGUCCGGACAUACCAAGAGGAAGAGAUCAUUAAGGCCAGGAGCAAUGCCAGUGUACGCUCUGAUAUGUAUCAAAAGAUGGUGAAAGUAGAUUCGGCAGCUCCCACAGCAGAAGAACAUGCACAGAAAGGUGUGACGAAGCUGCGUUACCUGCAAUGGAGGGAUGACAGCAGUUCCACCUCCUCACUGGGAUUCCGCAUAGAAGGCAUAGUGAUGGAGAACGGUAAAGUAUUACGAGACUUUUACAAGACACGCACAGAAGCUCAAGUGACAGAAACACUGAUAAACUUCACCAGGAGGCAGGUUCACAUUCUACAGGCCUACGAAUCCAGAUUACAGGCACUGAACGAAGCACUCAAGGAGUCAAGCUUUUUCAACAGACAUGAGCUCAUAGGCAGCUCUUUACUUUUCGUCCACGACUGCAGCAGCAAAGCAAACAUAUGGAUGAUCGAUUUUGGAAAGACCAUCCCAACCCCAGAGGAUGUCCGGCUAAGGCAUGAUGUUCCAUGGGUGGAGGGAAACAGGGAGGAUGGAUACCUCAUCGGACUGACCUCCCUCAUCACUUUGCUGGGUGAAGCCAUCAAGCAAGCAGGGGAGCAAAGCUGAGAGUGACCUCAUAUAUACUCGCAUAUACAGAUGAUUUCAUGUUGGAUCUAUCAAUAGACAACCGAACAGUCUUUUGGGCAUUACACAUCGUUACAGGUCUAUAAAGCUUUACAGUUAACAGUAUUAAUUAAGCAUGUGUGUUGCUAUUGUUCUUGCAAAUGUUCUUGUGGAAUUAGU